AUGUCUGUGAUUUAUGGCAGCGAAGAUCUAAACUUUUUUCGGCUCACAAAAUGCGUUCAUGAUUAUUCGACGGCAGCACUGAGAAAGGUGUUCAUACAAGAAUGGAAUAAGAUUUAUGCUUCCUCUCCAUGGCAAAAUGACACUUCGAGCGGAUCACAACUGUUAGCGGAAGAGAUGCCACCGCAUCACUCUCGACUUUUUGAUCCGGUGUAUUGUAAUGAUUAUCGAGAUGUCAAGAAUCAUUUGUCCAACGGGAACAUCGAAACUUGGGACAUAACCACACUAGUUUUUGCUCUAAGUUACUCGCACGCUCUUGGUCCCACUCGAGGCACAGUCUACGGGAAGAGAAUUUUAAACGCUAUACAUCAAAUUCGAAGGGUUAGAAAUGCAAUGUCGGCGCACGCUGCAAGAGCAUCGAUAUCUCACGCCACAUUCAAGACAAGCGUGAUGACUUUAAUAACAGCUGUUCAAGGCUUGCUUUCAAAAUCUGAUCCAAUUGUUGAAAAUCUUCAGCAAAUGCUGACUGAAAGGGAAUUCAACACGAACGAACUUCUAAACUACAAAAAAUGGUUGAAAAACGAACGUGAUCACUCGCGGUCGCUUGAAAGGGUUGUGAAAACAUUAGAAGAAAAAAUUGAAGAGAGACCUGGGCACAAGAGGAAAACUCCACGGGAUGAGACCAGGAAUUUAAGUUCAGAACACCACAGAAGGAACGACGCCAAACAAUUGGCUACGACUUCUAUUGAUCAAGUGCCUUCAAAAUGGAAACUAAAAAUUUUCACCAGGGGAAGGUACAUCAGACUGAUAGAUAAAUCUAAUUCAUUAUCUUUCAAUUUUUGCUGGGAAGAUCUCGAGAAGUUUUUGCAAGGAUUUAGCGGCGAUAGGGAUGUAGAGAUAUUUGCUCAAAUCCAAGCAGCUUGCGCGCUCAACCAGCGCUCAAGAAAGGAAGACUCGCUGAAGAUGCUAGAUGGCCUGAAGUCCUCUUGCGGUUUCAACAGAGAAUACGGGUAUGUGCGUUUAAGCAUGAAAUUUAAGAAAUUCACACCUAUGCUCAUAUAUCAGUCAGCAAAACGAGGAACGAAAUUAAAUGGCGGAGUGAGAUGAACGAGGGGGGCCUGGGAAGGGAUAUACAGCGAAACCACUGCUCGCUCAGUACCGACGCGCCGUUUGUUAAUUUCGCUCCUUUUCACUAACUGAACGGCUAGAGUGACACUAGAGCAGCCCAAGGUAAUACUUAGCCCUUUAUCUCCCAAGAUCUGAUCAUUAAUUCUCCCCUCUAGCUGCUAAACACUUCUUUGUAAAUAAGUUACGAGAAUUUGGUGUCAGAUCGAGAUAAAAACUUCAACCUGAUAAGUUUCCAAUGAGAAUGGAACACUAAAACAAAACAACCAAUCAGAUUUCAAGAAAUUUUUUAGAGCAACCUAUCAAGUUGCAGGAAAAUGCAAGACAAAAAGGCCAUUGUAAAGCAAUUUUGCUACUGUAACGAAGUCUCCAGAAAUCAAUGGAACAUUGAUUAACCAUAACGCUAUCGCAUAAGCUGAGCUAGAAUCUUCUCCAUAUUCCGGAACAUUCUAUUGAGUUAUUUUAAGGAUAUGUCCUAAUUAGUGUCUAGAAUGUUCUUGCUGCUAAAAAUAGUGUUUCAGAAAUAAGUAUGAUGUAAUCGGCUACUAUAAAUAAGGUCCGAGGUCGUAAGGUUUUCAGAAGUUUAAGAUAAAUAAUAAAGUGUUUAAAAAGGAAAACAAGAAUCUUCUCUAGGCUUCUUGACACUACUCCCGUUGUUCUGUUAAGAAAUUGCGGCUGUUGACCAAAAUCCAGUAUUAUAAGUAUUGAAUUACGUGGUCUCAAUAUGAAUGUAAAGACGUGUCAUUCAAGUUUAUUCCGAAAUCAUUCUUUAAGUAUCAAACUAAUUAUAACUUGAUCUCUUCAUUUACCAUUAUAUCGUUUAUAAAAACUAACAAGGGGAAUAAUGAACGCAUGAUGAUCGCACAACAUGGGCUAUUAAAUGCACUCGUAUUGACCAAUGAGAUUUUAGAAUUUCGUACAGCGUACUAGAACGUAGUUAUUUCCUUGAAUGAUUAACUUUGUUUUAAUUUUUAGGUUUUAGCACAUGCAAGGAUAAGAAUAUGUAUGGCAUUCGUUUUACAUGACAUGGGAAACGACGACGAAGCAAUGAGAGAGGCUGACGAAGCAGAUAAGAUGCUAAGAGAUGGGGAAUGCUUUGAGGAUUUUGUAGAGAUACACAACGUGAAAGCAAAUAUCAUCUUAUCUAGAAGCAAGAACAGCACAGAAGAUCGCAAACUCGUUCUGUUUCAUUUGAACAGUUCACUCGAUUUUUGCGGGAAAGUCUCAGUUGAUAAGAGCGUUACCAUGGUACAAGUGACAAUGCGCAAAGCUCUGGUUCAUUUAGGUUAUUAUCAGCAUGGUAUUGCCAAAGAAGUGUCAAAAUCUGACGUUGAUGUCGCUGAGACUGUUUUGAGCCGUAUUUCAUCUCGACAAAUCGAGAGAUUGUCCAAGAGAAGCAAAAUUUACUACAACUAUUGUCAGGCAUUGCUUGCCUUCAGGAAAGGUGAUUAUGAGAAAGCAAAGAAAUUGGAACAAAGAGCAAGACGAAAAUGUGAGCUGCAGUCUCUACAUAACGAGAUACAACAGCUUGAUGUGCUGAGAAGCCUCUUCUGUGAACAAGCGGAGGAGAUAACGAGUGAGGGAGCGAACAUAUCCGAA